AUGACCAAGGUUGUACUCAUUACCGGUGCUAGUCGAGGCAUUGGGAAACGACUGGUGGCGCAGUAUCUUGCCCGCCCAGACACGACCGUGAUCGCAACCGUACGGGACCCGAAAUCCGCGAGCGCAGAGCAGCUGGAGACUCUGCCUAAGAGCAAGGAUGGAUCCCGCCUCAUAGUCAAUGGCCUGGAUCAUAUUGACAUCGUCAUCGCCAAUGCGGGGAUAUGCGAUCACUGGGGCCCAGUCUUGGAAGCCGCCGAGGAGGAGGUGAGGUCGCACUUGGAAGUCAACACCCUAGGACCUCUUCGUCUCUUUCAAGCCAUGGCACCCUUGCUAAAAAACGCGAGUGCACCGAAAUUUAUCUAUAUCUCUACGCUACUUGCCAGCAUUGGUGGGAUUGGCCAGAUGUAUACCCUCACGGGCCCGUAUGGAAUGUCCAAGGCGGCCGGAAACUACUUCGUCAGGAAGGCUCACGCGGAGAAUGAGCAUCUGGUCACCUUGUCUAUCGAUCCUGGGUAG